GGUCCAGAGUUGUCAUGUCUCGACACGGUGAUCAUCACAGAGGCACUCGCCUAUGGCUGCACAGCCAUUCAACUGAAUAUAAUGGGACCAUCGCUACCUAUUGCACCGGUUCUUUUGGCCGGAACAGAAGAGCAGAAGAUGAAAUAUCUUGGCAUGUUAGCUGCAGAACCUUUAAUCGCUGCGUACUGUGUCAGUGAGCCUGGCGCAGGAUCAGACGUUGCGGCCGUCAGAACAAAGGCUGAAAAGAAAGGUGAUUCGUAUGUGUUGAAUGGCACUAAAAUAUGGAUAACCGGUGGUGGGUAUGCGAAAUGGUUCUUCGUUUUGGCUAGAACUGAUCCGGAUCCAAAAGCACCGGCUGGAAAGGCAUUCACAGCGUUUAUCGUCGACGGUGAUAGUCCUGGCUUAUCAAGGGGCAAGAAGGUUGAAAUUCUUUGGCUGAUUUUUGUUGAAAGCAUCAGUCACUCUUCAAACUCAAUGUUGAUUUAG